UCCACGUGUACGCUUCGCCCUUAGAGAGCACCAGAGGCAUCUGGAUUGUGGUCAUUAUUCCCGCCAGUUUUUCCAGCCCUUCAUUCCACUCUUUUGUUGACUGUCUUCCUUUGCAAUUGUUUGUUGUCGACACCAUGACUCUCUCGUGGCCCUGGCACUUUAUCAGUCUCUCCGAUGCAGAAAAACAACAGCGUCGCGAACUUUUGGACCUACGAGGGUUCUACGCUCAAUGCUCAAUGCUACUAGCCAUUGUUCUGGUGCGAUUGUAUAUAUGGGCGUUUCAGUCUAGGUCCGAGGCUCCCAAGCCCGACCGUCGCAAGCCUCUAGCAAAGUCCUGGCUGGACUCUCCACCCUUGGCUGGAUGGAUCGAAACGCGACGACAAUACUUGGUUUGCUCGAUAUGGCUCGCGUGGCUGUUAAGUCUCUGUAUCUGGAAUUCUGGUGAAGACUAUCUUCAUCUCACCAAGUCCCUCGGGCAUGUCGCUCUUUCCCAAUUCCCUUUCCAGGUCUUGAUGUCGCCGCCCCUUUAUCUCACCUCCAAACCGGCCUCCCCUUCUCUUAUCUCCAUGCUCACCACCAUCCCUCAACCCACCAUCAACGCGUAUCAUCGGCUAUUUGGCCGCCUGGUCAUUGCCCCUCUACUGGUUGGUCAUGCCCUUCUCUAUGACUCUUUCUUUCUGCAGUCUAGCCACCCGGACUAUGGGACCUUGUUCCUGAAGCGCAUCCGCGACGCCGACGUCCAGUGGGGAAUCCUGGGCGUGGUUGCGGUCACGUCGGUGGUACUGUUCACUCGUCCUGCGGUGAAGCCUCGGUGGGCACUGAGCUUAAGGAGCGGGUCAGGGUCGGCCAAGAUGAGGCAGCAGGUCUUUUGGACGGUGCAUGUAGGCCUGGUUGUAGUCUUGGGGUUUGCGGCUUAUUUGCAUGUCGAGUGGGCGAGGAUCUACAUGAUAGAGGGCUUGGUAGGGAGCAUGGCUAAUGUGGGUUGUGGGUUGUUGCUUUGAAGGUGGUCGAGUGUGGGUUAGGGGUUGUGGUAGGUUGGGUUUCGCAUCUGUGUAAGUAGUAGUAUUUAUUGUGGUGUUUGCGCGGAUGAGAUUUGUGAAUCAAUGGAUCGCGUGAUUCGCGAAUUCCUUUGAGAAUACCACCGUCCUCUUGACCAACAUGCGCAAG